AUGGAACACCCUGAGAUUCAAAUUUCAGAAUUAAGCUCACUUGUUUUGUUUUUGAAGAAUAUUAAACGAAAUGUUGCUGAAUUCGAUUUCAUUCAUACUCCACCUCCUUAUUCAUUGAUGUUGGCAUUGCAAGAAUUGACAUUGAUUAAAGCAAAGGACACUCAAGGCAUUAUAACUGAAACUGAGAAAAAAUUAUCAACUUUCCCGUUGGAGCCCCAAUUGAGUGCGAUUCUGCUAAAAUCAUGCUCUUUGAAUUGUCAAAAAGAGAUCAAUAAGAUAAUUGCAAUGUUAUGUACUGAUGUUAUGUGCUUUGUAACUCCUUUUGAUUCAAAGAAAGAAGCAGAAGCUUGUAGAUCUACCUAUAUGAGUCCUGAUGGCGAUCAUCUAACGUUAUUAAACGUUUUUGAUGAUUUUAUUGCCAAUGCAAUGGAUCAGCAAUCAGCAGUUUAUUCUCAUUUUAUUAAUUAUGCUGCUCUUUCUAAAGCCUACAAAAUUUAUCGUCAAUUAGAUAGAAUAGCGUUGAAUAUUAAAUAG